AUGUCAUCCACCUUAUCCAACAUCACUCACAUCUUAGGAUGGUUCUCGUUCUUUACUGCUAUCUGGGCAACUAUCACUCUAUUUAUAUUGAUAGAAAAGAAGUCGCCAAAAGAGUUCGGAGGGUACAAAAACUUUUUGAGAAUUUAUUGUUUCUAUGCAUUCGCAUUUUCUAUCAUUGACUGGUUGAAUCAGCCGGCUAUAGUUAUCGACAUCCAUGGAUUUGGCUACGCAUUUUAUUCAGAAAAUAGAUUGUUUGAUCUGGGGUAUACUGGUGGUUUAUCGGUCCAAAAUAUGUCUCAAUUUGCAAGCGAGUAUAUAGCCGUCAGGGAUAUUAUCCAAAUGUUUUUAUUCAGACCAUACUACAUAAUAUUCUUUCAAGGAUGGCGAGUCAUUCUCCUUUUCCUCUAUUGUGCUCUUCCAUUUUUCAUUUGGUCCAUGCUAGUUUACACCCUGAUGGCGCCGGUUCCAGAUAGAACUGCUCAUUUGAACGUUACCACAAUGCUAAUAGAGAACGUGGAUCUCGUCAACAAGGCAUACGUGGGAGUGUUGUGUCGACAUGUCACAAAUAGCACUGAGCAUUCCUAUGGGGAUAUUGAGUGGGGUACAAUGAGCACCUUGUUAGGCUUGUUUGGGUUCCAGAGCUUCUUUUAUACAGUGUCUCUAGUCUGUGGAGUUUUGACUUAUAAGGAUACCAUGAAGCUGUUUAAAAUGGCUCAGAUGUCAAAAGAGUUGUAUAAAAUGCAAAUGCAAUUGUUGAAAGCUAUUGUUCUGCAGGCUUCAAUACCACUGAUCCUUGUCUACAUCCCACCUGCUAUCAUGAUUGUGGGAGGGAUGUGUGGGACUUAUGUAGGUCAAAUCGGCUAUUUUGUGGUAAUGAGUAUUUCGAUAUACCCUCCACUAGACUCUCUGGUGUUUUUGUUGUCUAUAAGAUGUUAUCGAUCCGCCUUGUGUUGUCAUGGAGGAUCGGUGGGGAGUACAGGCGCAACGUCGGUAGUACCCUUCAAGGUUUUGGCGAGCGAUAGAGAUGGAGAAUAUAUGACAGAUGACGAGGCAUAA